AUGGAUGAACAUAAUUGUCAUUCUAAGAUUCUGGAUUCAACGGUUUCCUCCACUACUAAUCUUUUCGCUUCAUUACACUCUCAGACAUUGCCUUCAAAUUUACAUGCUUUGUCAGGUAAAAACUCUUCAACUGCUCGAGAAGUUCAAUCUUCAAAGUCCCUGAACACACGUAGGCAAUUCACUACACUGGAUAGUUCAUCGACAAGGCGGCAAGUUGUAUCCACUCUAUUGCAGACAAACAAAGAUACCAGUAUUCAUACUGUUUCCGCACGCAAUGUGACGCGAUCUACAAGGACUCCUUUUAUGGGGACUAAACCUAAGUCUCUUGUAGAUAAUUCUGCUUCUCAUCGAUCUUCCUGUCCGCGAGAGUUACUGUCUCGUGAGGCUUCAAAGCCCAACUUCGAGGAGCUUAAUGAACAGAUCUCCACACCAAAAUAGUUGCUGUAUUUUAUGUUUUGGACGAUAGGGUGAGUCGUCUGAGCGAUAGUGGCGAUGUGGUCAAGGCGAGACUUCAUUCUGCCCUAGGUGAAGAUAAUCUGUUGGCUUUCCGCUGUUUGAAGGAUAUGGUACGGGACCUUAAUGACGGUGCUGACGCUCUAAGAAGAGGAAGUUUUUGAUACGCUAAUAAAGUUGAUAGAAAAGCUAUGAAAGCCCGAUCCAUGGGCAUCUCUAAAUUGGAUCCGCAUUGCGUUGAUAUCUUUUAGACUCUUAAGCAAAAUGUUUUUUUACCAGGGGUAGGUAUAGGCUCUAUAUAAAUACUUUACCCCAUCAAUAAUUUUCCUACCAAAUUUACUGAUUCCGAUUGAUAAAGUUAUCUGUUAACAAAAGUCUAAAUAAAUUCAUUUGCCUUAGUGCAGCACAGUUUUUCACAAACUGAAUCUGAUACAGGCAAAUUCGCUGAAAUAAUAUAUAAUUUGGAUUGUAUCGCCUUUAUAGAGUUCUACUAAAA